CUGAAUCAUUAAUUGGUUUGACUGGUUUUACGAUUCCGUAUAUGCAUAUAGAUUUUACUUUAUAUUAGAGUAAAGCCUGAUGAAGGUCUAAUUGAAACGGAAAAAUAUCGCUUUUCAUUUUUACCAUGAAAAUCGUUCACAAAACUUUCAAGUGAUUUAAUGGUCACUAAAAAUAUUUUUAUUUUCAUGUCGAAACGCUCUAACUAGUUUGUAGUGUUUGUUUGAUUGUGUUACAGCACUUUGUUUUGUCCAAUAAGAGACGUGCCAAGUGUACGUGAUAAUUUGAUUACUGUUUCCACAUGGAUAAGUCUGUCGUUUUUUGUAUUAUUGUGAUUCUCACAACCUUUCUAAAUAUCAUACAUGCGAAGAAGUAUGACCCAUCAAAUUGCGAAGUGUGCAUUAAGUUCGUUGGCUCCUUCAUCCAGUCACUUGAGCCUGACGAUUUUCAGUCACCACAGAAAAUCAAAGAUGCAUUUAUGAAAAGGUGUGAGACUUCAGUUGGAAAGGAUAAUAGUUUCUGUUAUUACGUUGGCGGCCUUAAAACAUCUGCGGCGAAGACUGUUAAUACUCUAGUUGACCCAAUUUCAUGGAAGAUGCCUGUGGAAAAGAUCUGUGAAAAACUGUUUAAAGUAGACUCUCAAAUCUGUGAUCUUAGAUACGAAAAAGUUGUAGAUCUUAAGGAGUUCAACUUUGAAAAGUCCAAGGUGAGGGAUCUCAAGAAGAUCAUCGAGAGAUGGGGGUUAGAAUGUCGUGGUUGUUCUGAAAAAAGAGAUUAUAUCGGUUUGAUUAAAAGUAAUAUGCACAAGCAUGAUCCUGAAGCAGCAGCUUUUCUUCAAGCAAGAGGGGAGCUUUGACUUUUUUGAUAUGUUUUUAUGUACAAAGUUAUUUAUGAGUUUUUAGUUUUCAUAUAUUCGUUCACUUUAAUGAAAUAUAAUUUUGGUCCUUACUGUUUCA